GAUAUCUUCGUAUAUUUUCCAGGGGUGUCGAAGAUGCUCUCUGUGCUUAGCUCUUAAUAUUUCGAGUGCUUGCUGAUAUUCGUGUUGUGAUGUUGGUGGAAAAUCAACAUUUUUCAUGAAUGAACGAAUUCUUUUGGACGUGGUUGAGCCAGAAUGAUCUUCAGAUGGACAUUCUUCGGAGCGUUGUUAUCAUCCCUCAUAUUGGUGACGUCUAUUGAAAUUAGAAUCGGUGAUGACGAAAAGGAGCUCCCUUGUUGUGCCUUGACGAUUGAAAGUGGCGGUCCUCGGGAUGUCAUUCUCCGUUCAUCUUUGGAUGGUAAAUUUUCAGCGAUUGAUCCUGAAUCUGGGAAGGUGCUAUGGGUCCGUGCGACAGGUCCCGGACCUCUUCUAUCUAGUUCCAUCAGUGAUAUGAAUUUAUCCGAGGAAGGAAGGGAUUUCAGAGUUGUUCCGUCAUUGGACGGGACCUUGUUUCGUUUCACGGGGAGCUCGGUGGAAGCUUUGCCGUUCAGUGCGAACAGUCUACUAGAAAACUCAUUCCUAGUGGCGGACCACACGGUGAUAACUGGAGGAAAAGAAGUGAGAACGUAUGGUAUUGGACUUUCGACGGGCAGACUUCACUACGUCUGUUCUCUCAGAGGCUGUAACAAGUUUGACUCUUCCAAGCCGAUUGCUGAAGACAUUCUUGUCGUUAAGAGGAAUACGCAGACUGUACGAGCCAUCGAUCCACUUACAGGCACUGAAAGAUGGAAUUUCAGCGUGGGGCAACACGAUGUAAAUCUUAGGUUGCAACCUUUUGAACCUUCUUUCGAUGGGAACGGUUCUCCUGCACCGGAAUGCGACUUUUACUUUCCUGAAUCCUCUGUUGAUCAUGUGUAUCAGUUCGACGUCGCGAAGGGGAAGAUCUACGCCGUUUCGCCAGAAGAUAGCAACAUAAUCUGGGAGCAGCGAGCAUCUGCUCCUCUGGCCGGAGCGUGGAUCAUUCGCAAUCAAAAAAUAUUCCGCAUUAACCUGUUCCCUCGGGAUCAUUCGCAAGUUUGGGUGUCCAGAGUCUAUCUGGGAAAACACCUCGGCAACCCUUACAUUCAGCAGCACCACAGCUCUUUGGACAACGCUUUACAGUGGCAUCCUGUGUAUUUACACUGGAUCGAUUACGGGGAUCCGGCGGGUCUUCCCGUUCUCGUUACAGACGAUGAAAAUACUCGUGCUUUGACUGAAUUCCAUCGGGGCAUGGAGUACCCCUACGAAGGGGGAUAUUAUUUAAUGGGAGAUGAUUCCGGUUCAGAAUCCGACGAGGACGGAAGACGAAGUAGCAAUGAGGUCCUCAGAACCUGGGACAAUCGGAAGAAGAGUAUCAGAGGCCAUCGAAAACGUCGCCACGAAGCCAAGCAGGUUAAUACUUCGGAAACUGCUUUAUUGGAUGCCGAAUUCGAACUCCGUCUUUAUUUACUGGAACUUUCUUAUUGGUGGCGUGAAAUGCUCGGCGUUCUUCUGAUGGGGAUUCUGACUGCCUGGGUGUGGUUUCAUAAAUUUUCGCGACAGAAUCCGAUUGAAACCCCGCCGGAAGUUGGUUACGAAGUUGCUGUUUGCAAUGCACAGACUCCUAAAGGUCCGAGCGUAACGAGAAAUUACCAUAACGUGGUUGUAAAUGUCGUGCACGGGACUCGGGAAGAAUCGAAGCCAAAUGACGAUAAACCCGGGAAGAUCCGAUCCAUUUCGGAAAAUUCAGUUCAGCGGACAAACUCGUCAACUUCGUCGCAGUCCUCGUCGCCGUCGGAGUUCAAGUCGAAAUUUCAGCACGAGUUCAUUUGUCUCGAAAAACUCGGACGUGGUGGCUUCGGAACUGUGUUCAAGGCGAGGCAUAAAAUUGAUGGCUGCGAAUACGCUGUCAAACAAAUCCUACUGCCGCACAAUAUUCCGCAAGGAACAUCUCACGAAGACUUUCCUUUUACCGAUGAAAUGAGUCCACCUGAUCUAGCGUCGACUUCGGGAAUACACAACAAUAAUUUUUCGAUGUCGUGCAACGACUCAAGCACUGCGCUCGAAACCAACGACGGAUUAAAAUCCUUGGCAUGUGUCGACGACAGCGACGAGUCCUUCAUCGUUUUUGAAAACUCUGACGUGAAUGACAAUCUGGAGUCGAAGCUGGAAAAUCCUCCGCCUUCGAGUCACGUGAUUCGACGACGAGAGUGUGUUUACUCGCACAAAGAUCACCACGUUACCGUGAACGAUUUGAGGCUGGAAGUGCGUUCCGAUCGACCCGAGUGCAAGGCCCUGGUUCCCCUGGACGGGUUCUCGGACCCGCGUUCGUUUUUGGAGAAAUUGGCGGUUUCCUCGUGUCAAGUGGGUUCUGCUUCGGCGCGUGAACGAGCAUUUUCAGAGUCUGCCGCCACGUCGAAGCCGGCCAAGGUGUUCCUGUACAUACAAAUGCAGCUUUGCUUGAAGGAGACGUUGAUGAACUGGAUAACAAAGUUGCAGAAAGAUCAGUGGCCGGAAAAGAAGGUGUUGUUCUCCAAAUUUUCGAGUGUGGCGGACGCUGUGGCGUAUAUUCACGGCCAGGGUCUGAUUCAUCGAGAUCUGAAGCCAUCCAAUAUAUUCAUCGCACCGAAUGGUUACUUGAAAGUUGGAGAUUUUGGUCUGGUGACAGCCGUGAGCGAGGAUGUGGAUGAGAGAAUGUUUUCUCGAGGUUAUGAUGAGAUCGAUUCGGCAGGGGACGCAGUUGCCUUGCCACAAAGUUUAAGGAGAUCGUACACUGACCAAGUGGGAACCAAGUUGUACAUGAGCCCAGAACAGAUCGCAAACCAGCCGUACGAUCGAUCCGUGGACGUCUAUUCCUUGGGAUUGAUUCUUUUUGAAUUGCUGUAUCCCUUGUCGACGAGGAUGGAGCGUCAAAAGGUCAUUUCUGAGUUGAAGGAUCAUUUGGCUUUCCCGACUGUGUUCGACGACGAGCUCAGAGAUGAGCGUGAUCUCUUGUGCAAAAUGCUAUCGCAUGACCCAGAAACCAGGCCAUCGGCAGCUGAAGUGUUGGAAACCGUGCGUCGAUGGUGUAACGAAAAGUCAUUGGUAUUUGCCGGAGGAACGGAUGACCUGAAGAAAGAAAAAGGAGAAGUGUCUCGUUCGUGCCACUCAAUCGGCGGUAAACUUUCGCAAGGAAAGCCAGCCUGUUCGUGGUGCAACGAAAAGCAGAAGGUUCUCCGCUACGUGCUACCCUCGCCAAAUGGUGAAUUGGAGUUUUGCUCUGAACAGUUUCUUGUCAAAAUGCGUCAGCACCCGCCAAAGACAGUCCUCAGUGUCAAGACACAUUACAAUUUGGCCAAGUCCUCUUAUGUUUAUAAAGUCGACGGUUCUUCCUGCGAACACGCGGAUCCGCCGGUGAACGAGUUCAAGCCAGGAAUGAAGCUGGAAGCCGUCGACCCGCGAAACACUACAUCGACCUGCAUCGCAUCCGUCGUUUCCACAGUGGGUCCUCGUCUCUGUCUUCGUUUGGACGGCGGCGACAAUUCCAACGACUUUUGGCGUCUAGUGGACUCAGUCGAGAUCGGGCCAAUUGGCCAAUGUGAGAAAAACGGCGGGAUGCUUCAGCCUCCGCUGGGAUUCCGCAUGAACGCGUCCUUUUGGCCCGUGUUUCUCCUGAAGAAUCUCAAUGGCGCCGAAAUGGCGCCCCCGAAGUGCUUCAAAAGGGAACCCGCUACUCCAGAGGUCAACCUUUUCCAGCCCGGCAUGAAGCUGGAAGCGAUUGAUCGGAAGAAUCCGUUAUUUAUUUGUACCGCCACAGUUGGUUAG